AUGUCACUUGUAUCAGAAGCAGUGGCAUUGAUAUCCAAGGAUGAAAAUCCAUGGUACUUCGACAGUGGUUGCUCUCGUCAUAUGACAGGAACACGCAAGAAUCUCAGAGAGAUAAAGGCAUUGAAAGGAGGCAGAGUCACAUUUGGAGAUGGAAGCCAAGGAGCGAUCAAGGGCAAGGGAAUGACUGUUGAAACCAAACCACCUCUGAAAGAUGUGUUCUUAGUCAAGGGAUUAAGAUCAAACCUAAUCAGUAUCAGUCAACUGUGUGAUGAAGGGUUAAAAGGUGCAAUCAUAGGCGUUCCUCAGCUGGAGGAUACAGAGAAGACUGUAUGCGGACCGUGCAAUCAAGGAAAGCAGGUCAAAGUUCAACACAAAAUGAUUCAAGAUAUUCAGUCAAACGAUAUGCUUGAAAUGGUCAAAUUCAUUGGUGAAAAGUCUGAUACACUAGAAAACUUCAAGAUCUGGGCUCUUCAAGUUACAAAUGGGAAGAGACGACUGAAGCAGAUUCGCAGUGAUCAUGGGGGAGAAUUCCAUAAUGAAGCCAUGAGCAAUUUCUGUGGACAACACGGAAUAGUUCAACAAUUUGAUGCACCUAGAACUCCUCAACAAAAUGGAGUAGUAGAAAGAAAGAAUCUCACGCUUCAGGAGAUGGCGCGAGCUAUGAUGCAUGGUAACAAUGUGAUGCAGAGGUUCUGGGCAGAGGCUAUUAGCAACGCAUGCUACAUCAUAAAUCGUGUCUAUGUCAAAAGAGGGACUAUCAAAACUUCGUAUGAGCUAUGGAAAGGCAAAACACCGAACCUUAGUUACUUUCAUAAACAUGGCUUCGUCGCUUCUUGCAUCAAACUUGCCAAGAUGAUCAUGGAGUCAGUAAAUGUUGUGUUUGAUGACGUCACAGCAGUGGAAUGGGAAAACGAUGAGGAACAGAAGAAAUCUACGUCAGCGGAUGCAUCAAAGGACCCAUCAACUGAAUCAACGAAUGACGCAACAACUUCCUCAGAAUUGACACAUGCUGUCAUUGGAAACGUGAAUGAAGGGAGAAGAACAAGAGGUGUGAAGAUCAACUUCAGAGAAAUGGUGCAGUCAGCAUGCUUUGUCUCAAAUAUUGAACCAAAAGAUCACACCGAAGCACUCUCGGAUGAGUUCUGGAUUCAAGCCAUGCAUGAGGAAAUAGAACAGUUCAUCAGAAAUGAUGUAUGGGAGCUGGUACAGAAGCCAUCUGAUGGUCACAUAGUUGGGACUAAGUAG